AAGGUGUGGAGGAGCUUGAGCAUCCUCUGUCUCUUCGCCUCUCUCUCUCUCUCUGUCUCUCAAGAUGUUGGGACGAGCGUUUUUCAGGGCGGCACUGCUGCUUUGUUUGGCUCAGCCGACGAUUCAGGGGGGAACAGGGUACAAACCUCAAAAUGGUGGUUUGGGCCAAAUGUUAAUGCCAUCCAAAGGAUACAGUCUCGGUGCACAGAAUGCCAACGCUUACCAACCCAACACUAAAGCACAAGGUUAUGGACCUGCAGCUCCUCAACCCAAUGGAAAUGGAGCCAAAGGUUAUGGUGCUGCACAGGCUGCCGGAAACAGCGGACAACCCAGUGGUCCGUAUAAAGGGUACGGCGCUGCACCUAAUGCUCUCGGAAAUGGAAAUGGAGCCAAACCUAAUGGUCCGUAUAAAGGGUACGGCGCUGCACCUAAUGCUCUCGGAAAUGGAAAUGGAGCCAAACCUAAUGGUCCUUAUAAAGGGUAUGGUGUUGUACCUGCUUCUCUCGGAAAUGGAAAUGGAGCCAAACCUAAUGGUUAUGGAAAUGGCGGCAAACCCAAUGGAUUUGGUGCAUUUCCAGGUGCGGCUAAAGGAAAUGGAGGUUACCGACCUGCACCUGUAGCUUCUAAAGGACAGGGGCCAAAACCCAACGGCUAUGGAGCUUCACCUUUUACAUCCAAUGGCCAGCAAGCCAAGGCAAACCCAAACGGAGGUUAUGGGUCCAAGCCAAAUAAGCCUGGAUAUGGAGCACAACCCUCGUAUGGUGGAUUUGGAGCAGGGAUGAGAACGGCACCACAAAUGGCCAACAAGGGAAGAGGAGGCUAUGGGAAAGGCAAUGGAUUUGGCCAUGCAAAUUCUGCAUUCACAGGCUACAGAAACGGACCUGCUGCUUAUCCCCAAGCUGGAGCUGCUGCUUAUCCCCAAGCUGGAGCUGCUGCUUAUCCCCAAGCUGGACCUGCUGCUUAUCCCCAAGCUGGAGCUGCUGCUUAUCCCCAAGCUGGAGCUGCUGCUUAUCCCCAAGCUGGACCUGCUGCUUAUCCCCAAGCUGGAGCUGCUGCUUAUCCCCAAGCUGGAGCUGCUGCUUAUCCCCAAGCUGGACCUGCUGCUUAUCCCCAAGCUGGAGCUGCUGCUUAUCCAAAAACUGCCAAACCUGGUUAUGGUGGAGGACCUUUGGCGCCGAGUGGACGACCGGCUAAGCCCAAGGGCUAUGGUCCAGGGAAUGGUGGUCCGAAUGCACAGGGAGCAAAACCUGCAGGAUACGGAGGCACCACAGGACCCAAAGCAGGAUAUGGUGGAUAUCCCAAUGGAGGUGGAAUUAAUGGACCAAAACCAGGUUAUGGUGGUUUGCCCACAGGAUAUGGACAGAGACCCAAUGGAUAUGGAGGUUAUCCCAAUGGGGCUGCUAAAGCACCUAAACCAGGGUAUGGUGUUGGUGUUGGAAAUGGAGGAGCAAGUAAUGGACAAGGAGCCAAGCCUUAUGGUUACGGUGUUCCUGCUGCUGGUGUACCGAAAGUUAAACCUGGAUAUGGUCCUGUAACAAAUGGAAAUGAGAAAGGACCCAAAGGAAAAAGCCUUAGCCCUGAAGCCCCAAGUCUUCCACCAGUAACAGGGUACACCAAAGGAGUUGUACAGCCAGCUGAACCUGAGCCUACCAUAGGAGUACCUACUGCGCUGCCACCCACCAAGGGAAUGCCAUUACUUGGAACGAGUUGGAAGGGCCCAAAACCUCAGUUUCCUGUGGUUCCACAAGGCUACCCAUCUAAGCCAAUAGUGCCAGAGCAGGCUCCAGUGAUUCCACAGAAUAAAGGACCCAAAUCUGCACAAUACAUCCCACAAGGACAAGCCCUGAUCCCAGAGCUUGCACCCAUCAUUCCUCAGGGUAAAGGUCCAAAGCCAGCUGCCCAACCAGCUCCAGAAAUUCCUCAGGGAAGUCCUCAGAAACCAUUUGCUCCUGCUUUACUUCCGUUUGCUCAACAAGAAGCCCCAAAGCCAAUUACUCAAGUACCACAGCCUGCUGCACCAGUGUAUCCACAGGGGAAAGGUCCAAAUCCAGUCGCUCUACAACCAGCUGUUCCACAAGGUAAAGUUCAAAAACCUACUACUCCAGUGCUGCUUCCGGUGCUCUCUCAGACCAAAGGACUCAAACCUGUUGCUCCAGUUCCUGACAGUCCACAAAUGAAAGAUCCCAAACCUGUAGCACCAGAACCAGCUGCACCACAGACAGCAGGUCCUCCACUUGCCCUUGAACCAACCCCUGCUAUGCCUCAGAUGAAGGGUCCAAAAGUAGCAAAUCCUGAUUGUGGACUUGGAGUGUCUGGACAAUGGACUAAGCUGCCCAGUCCUGGAUAUGGUCCUGGACCAUGGUACCCAAACAGUGGAGGAGCCAAGGCCUCAAAACCAGGUCAAGGAUAUGGCCCUAAACCCAAUCAACCAGGCUAUGUUAAUCCAGCAGCAGGAUAUGGAUAUGGCAAUGGUGCAGCCAGCCUUGGUGAGAUGGUCAAAGGCAAAUCUGGUGGAGCAGGACAGCUACCGUAUAACGGUGCCCCCAUCAUCCCUGCUCGACUGGAUGCAGGAACCAGUCCAAUCCAACCGCAGACAGCUGAACUCGGGCCUGAGGUGAAAUCUGGCCAUGCUUACGGUGGGCCGUAUGGAGCUCAGCCAAUGGGUUUAGGCUCUGAGGGAAAGCCUCAAGUCAGAUAUGGUAUUGGUGGCAUUCUUUUUGGUGGCUCGCCCAUGGGAUACAACUCCAAUCCAUACGGAACAUAUGGUAAUCCCUAUGCUGCACAGCCUUAUGGUUCUAAAGAAGCUGGAAACUACAAUCCACUUGAAUUUGCCAAUCCCAAAUCUGCUGCAAAAUACAGGAUGGGAGGCUCUCUGUACACUGCUAGUCCUAGUGAAACUAAAGCAUCAGGAAAAUAUGGACCUUAUGGUGGCCAGCAGCUUGGUUUGCCAGCUGUCGCUGGGAAUUCUGGGAAAUAUGGCAAUCCAUCGCUUCCCUUCGGUCCAGUCACUGACGGUCAGACCAUUGAUCAGUCCGCACUGCAGUAUGAAGCUCCUGCUAUUGACGGUGUGAAGUCUGUAGAUCAGUUCGGAGAUGGAGAGGUGCAGCCCCAGCCUAUUGCUCCUCUAGUAGAUGGAGUUGGAGAAGGGCCAGCCUCUUACGUCAAGGGAGGAGUCCGAGCUGAAGCUGUCUCUUUGCCCGCUGCCCCUACCGACGGCCCUUUCACUGGCUCCGCAGUGUCUCUAGGAAAUCCCGCCUACUGGCCAGUGGACACGCCCACCGAAGCAGUGACACCGCAGCACAUUCCGGUUCAGCAGAACCUCAAAGGCCCACAGCUGCCUCAGGAUAAGUCCUGGACAGGAGGCAAGGAGCUGAAACGUGACCUGAAAGGAUUCUUCGGCAACGGAUAUCAUGGUUGAUCCUGAAGAAGAGUGAACAAUCAUGUGUCCUGUUGUUGUUCAUGUUUUUAGUAACUAUUGUAAAUUUAAUCAUUGUCUAUUUUUAAAUUCUGAACCUAUAUUUCUUUCCCCCAAUUCAGAUUAAAUUAAGAAUAAAACUUAUUUUUAGGGCCACUGUUUAAAAUGAAGAGAAUGAAAAAAUGAUUAUUUUUUCCCAGAACUAAAGUAGUGAUAUUGCAGGUUUAUUAUAUAAAAAAAAUACUCAAUAUUUAUAGAAAUUAAUAUUUAAUGGUUUCUCAGAUCAUAAAAAACUACUUUACUCUCAAAAUUCAAAAUCAAUUUUUUAGUAUUUUUAACAGUAGCCCUAAAAUGCCAUUUUCACUGUAUUUGUGUCUUUUUAAAAAAAAAAAAAAAAAAGCCCCCCACUGAGCAGCCAGAUAAUUUGUGUCCCAUACAGUAUAUAAUGAACACAAAUGUUUUUAUGCGAUAUUGUUCUGUUCUGCCUUCAUUUCCUUCUCAAACCUUUCACUGUAUCAGAAAUGCAUGCUUUACUGUCUUAUGUGUAUUAUUUUGUAACUAAGCACGGGAUAAUUUAUUGAGUAUGGAUUUCUUUCUGUGGCGAGGCGCUCGCUGAUUUUUAUAAAGUUCCGUUUUUAAUAAAAAAAGAAAAAAAAAAGAAAAAAGGAGGGACACUGAAGACUGCUCUUGGUUAUGAGUGCUUUAUUGUUUUACACAGUGAAAUCCCCAGGGCCAUAUUCUAAAGUUCAAAAAUUAUGUCAAUAUUUGUCAAUAUAACUAAAAAAUAAAAAAGACUACUACAAUGA